CCGGAAGUGGGAAAAAGGAAGUGUGGAGGAAAACUACACUUCCCACCAGUCCCCCAAAGGCCGCUAGUUUCCUUUCCCUUCCUGAUUAACAGUUCCGCCUUGUUGUUACCAACAGUUGGUUUCUAGGAGAGUUUAGUUGGAUGAAAGAGCUGGGUUUUCCUUGGCAGCAUCUGGAGACAAACGAAUAGGCCGCUUUCUUAACGGCCUCUCGUGAGAGCGAGAAAGAGAGUUGAGGGCUUUGCGUUGAGAUAGUUCCCUUAGAACCCAGAGACUGCUAGGAAAAGGCAGAUGGAGUCCUUCACUGUGAUGCUGAGUCUACAGACAUAAGUUUGACUGAAGCAUGUCUUCUGAUCAGAGUAAGGACCUGAUACCUUAGUUGCUAUCUGCAACAGAAAUUUAGAUGUCUCCUGCACCAUGAAAUCAGCCAGUGUUGGAGCCAGUAAACACUCAGUGCUUCCUCCCAUCAUCCCAGAGACUGAGAAAGAAUUCCUGGAGGGCAUUCAGAGUUAUAUCAUUUCAGAAAUUGAAAAAGUGGGCUGUACUGAGCAAGGACCAGCAGAGGAUUAUUACAUAAUAUACAGAAAUGUGUUUGAAAUGAUAAUUGAGCAUGUUAAUGCAUACAAAAGCAUUUUGACCACUAUCAAGCAAGAAUAUGAUGCUUUUAUAGAAGCAAUAAAGAAGGGCCAGCAUGAUGCAUUUUAUCUUCAUGGAAAAUUAAAAACGUUAGCAUGCGAAUCUUCAACUUUAAUGUAUUAUAAGAAAAGAAUAACUCAACUGGAAGAAAAAGUGAAAAGAAUUGAGAGGAAUUCUGUAAGAACUGAGAGUUUAAUACAGAAACUAAAAGGUUUAAGGUUAACACUCUUAGCAAAAGAAGAUUUAUCUUCAGUCAAGAAAGUUAAUCCUGCUAAAAAAAUUCCAGGUCUUAACUUGAAAGACUCUCUUGAUAUAGAUGCCCUUUCUAACCACUUAGAUCAUCUACAACAAAGGUUGAAGGAGUUGAAAGAAGACAUGCUGACAAAAUACAUUCCCAUAGAAAACACAGCCAAUGUUGAAGGAGACAUGAAUCACGCUCUUCAAAAGCGAAAUAGGGCUGAAAAGAAUAAUGAAAACCUGAAGUUUUGUUUUUAUCGGCUAACUCGGUUUGCAAAUGUGAUUACUAUCUGGGAGAAUACGGACAAGAAUAUUGACACACUGCAGCAGCUCAUCCAUCAAAUGAUAGAAAAUGAGAAACUUGCAAAAGAUUCAAUUGCUUCUAGUGUCUCAACUGUAUUCGAACGAGAUCCUUCUAAAAGCAAAGAGGCAGAAGAUCUGAUUGAAUAUAUUGAAAGGUUCAAUGAACUAUAUUCCCGUGGUCAGUAUGAGACUGCAGCAACAUAUGCAGCAAACUGUCCUAGAGGAAUCCUACGCAAUGAAGAAACCAUGGAGAAAUUUAGGGCUGUUGGUCAUAUUAAAGGGAAGAUCCUCCCUCUGCUUUUGUAUUCUGAUGCACUCAUAACCACAACCAUUGCUAUUAAGAAGCCUCUUCCUGCAAAUUUGACAACUGGAGCCAUCAAAUGCGCCUUAGCUGAGAAACGGUUAGACUUGGUGAUGCAUUGGAUCACUUUGCACAAGUUGGAAUUCUCUGAGGCUGCCGGUGACGCAAUCUUUAAGUAUGCAGAUGUGGAUAAGCACAACAAGUCCCAGUGUCUAGCUUUGGCUCAAAUUGUAUACAGUGAGUGUGGGGCACACAAAAAGGCUGUUCUAUGCUUGUGCAAACAGGGCCAGAUUUAUGGAGCCAUGGAUUAUCUACAUCAUUUCCAACUUCUUUCCACAGAAGAUUAUAUCUAUUUACUGAAGCACUGUCCUCGUAUAGAUUUCAUCCGUUGCCUUACUCAAGAAUGGAAUGGGAAUCCACCAAUCAUGUCCCUUGGGGAAACCAUCCUUUCUCUCAUUGGAACAGAACAUGAAAUACAUGGCAUACGCUUGUUGGAGGAUAUUACCAAAAAGGGCAAGGAUACAUUGGAACAAAUUAUUUUAAAAGAUUCCUCCAAUGUGGAAGGAUGGAAGGAAAUAGCUGAAACAUGCCUCCUUGUCAAAAAAGAAAAUUUAUACAAACUUAUCAUCUCUAUCCUUGCUAGCCUGGAGGGAGUGUUUGAAAUUCCAGCAGAUGAUGCAGAGGAUGCCAAAUUAAUGGAACAUGUGUUCUUGUAAUUUUUCCACAAGGCACGUGGAGGAGCUCUUUGUCCUAGGAGUUGUUUAUAUUGGCUGCACAAAUAACAACACAACUUCUUCGUGUUAUUUUUGUUUUAAAAACAUAAUAUAUUUAAUACCAUG